AUGCACGAGCUGCGUAACCUGACGGAGCUGCAUCUCUGCUUCUGCCCCAACAUCAGGAAGCUUCCCGAGUCCAUCACACGCCUCUGCAAUCUCGAGUCCCUCACAGUGGAUGAUUGUAAGAAGCUCUGCUCGGUGCCAUGUAGCCUGUUUAGCCUGGGAAAGCUGAAGCGGUUGGAGAUCGGGCAGCUGCCAGCACCAUCUGAAAGCCUUCCAUCCUUCCUUCAGGUCAUAAGCCUCUUUUCGGUGCCGAGAAGCCUGUUAAGCCUGGGGAAGCUCAAGUGGUUGGAGAUGGAGGAGUGUGAUCAGCUGCAAGUGCCAUCUGAAAGUCUUCCCCCCUCCCUUGAAGUCAUUAGCCUUGGGAACUGCGGGCACGUCAUCCCUCUGCCUGACGUCUCAAAACUGCCGAAGCUGACCAAGUUGGGUUUGAACCUGGCGGGUGCGGGGGACGCGGUGAGAAUCAGCAGCAGCAUGCCGCAUCUGAAGCACUUGGAAUUGGUUCUCGCAGCAGAAGCAGAGGAGCUCUCAUUCCCGCUGUCCGCUUGCCCUCAGCUUCGCACACUCGAGAUCUCAAAGGCUGGGAGGAUCGAGAGGCUGCCUGAAACCAUCGGGUCGGCCUUGAAGCAGUUACGCUGCUUGCAGAUCCACCGCCUUCCAAAACUGAAGGCGCUGCCAGAUUCUGUCACUGAGCUUCAGAAUCUGUCACAGCUGGAGAUUUUUGUUGCAGAAAGUCUAGUUGCUCUGCCGGCCGAUAUCGUUGCGCUGUCUCGGCUGCGCAGUCUGAUCUUGUUUGAUUGCCCUGCCUUGGAGUAUCUGCCAGUUUUCCUCACGGCGCUUGCAUGCCUCCACAGCCUGGUGAUUAAAGCCUCGGCCGUUCGUUUGCUCCCUCCCAAUUUUGCACGUCCGCCGCCCGAUGCUGGGCUGGCCAUGGACCUCGCGACAACGGACACCGCCCAUGACGGCCUCGCACGAGGUUACGGGCAGGUUAACAUCGGGAUGGGGCACGUAGCAGCGACAGAUAGCCCGGCCGCUAGAGAGCCGUUUCGCUGCGCGCUUGUGACAGAUGCUUCAGCUGGUAGAUAUCAGAUCGGCAGCGCGUCGUAUCCCGUGCUCGGGGGGCGCGGGCAAUCGACAACACGGCCGCUGCAGUUUCCCCGCGAUCCUGAGUCGGAUGAGUCGCCAGACGACUCUGCGACAUCGUCGUCAUCGUCAUCGGCGUGCGAUCACGCGGCGGCUGGUCGCGAUUGCGAUCCUGGGAGCGGAAGAGGUGGAGGCGUGGGCGACACAGGCGAAGGUUCGUUUGCGCCUUCUGGCGUUACAUCUGUUCUGCGAUUUCGUAACCUUUCGCACUCUGUCGCAUCGAGAUCUCGGAAAAGCGCAUGCUGUAAGAUCAACACCUCAAAAAUCGCGCCGUUGCCUAGCGACGAAAGCGCGUUGAGCGAUGAAAUUCACAUACACGUCGACGCUGGCCGUAGUGGUAGUGCCAGUAGUACCGACAAUCUCAAACCAGUACGGUCAAUUUCCAGGCGAAUUGGCGUGAGUAGUAAAUCCAACCGUAGGAUUCUCGUCGACAUCAGCGGCAGCGCAAAAUCGGGGCAGAUCACAGCGAUUAUGGGAGCGAGUGGAGCGGGGAAAACGACGCUGUUGAACAUUUUGGCGUGCCGUAUAGCGUCGGGUCGGCGAGCGGGCGAAGUGGAGCUUGACGGGUUACCCGUGCGAAGCGGAACGAUGCGACGAGUUUCGGCGUAUGUCAUGCAGGACGACCUCAUGUUCCCGUCGCUCACGGUGCGCGAAACGCUGAUGUUCGCUGCGGAGCUUCGCCUGCCGCAGAGCGUGAGGCGGGAGGAGAAGGUGGCGAAGGUAGCGCGGCUGCUCGAAUUGCUGGGAUUGACGGAAGUGGCGGAGACGAAAAUCGGGGACGAGGGGCAGAGGGGCGUCUCUGGUGGCGAGCGGAAGCGCGUCGCGAUCGGAACAGAGAUUAUCUGCGACCCGAAGAUUCUCUUCCUCGACGAGCCCACGUCGGGACUCGAUUCGACGAGCGCGUUCCGCGUGGUGCGGGCGAUUAAAGACAUCGCGACCAACACGAACAGCAUCGCCGUCAUGGUGCUGCACCAGCCCAGCUUCCGCGUUCUCGGCCUCGUGGACCGUCUGAUCCUCCUCGCGUCGGGCCACGCCGUCUUUCACGGCGCGCCUCCCGCGCUGCCGCGCUUCCUCGCGUCGGUCGGGUUCCCCGUGCCGCAGUUCGCUAACAGCACCGAGUUCGCGCUGGACCUUAUCGAGGAUAUGCAGCGGUCGAGCCGCGGGGUCGCGGAUUUGGUGGAUUUUGCGCGGGAAUAUGAGAGGCAGCAAGAGGAAGAGGAGGAGCGGGAAAGGAAGCUAGGGAAGCUGGGAGAAGAGGCUGCGCUGCGGUGUAAUCCUCAAUCAGAGGGUGUUUUACAAGUGCAGGGUUUGAACACAGAAGCAGCAUCGCCAGAAAAUGCCAGAACGGGAGGAGGGGCGGCUGCAAAAACGAGUUUUUGGAACUCCAGAUAUUUCCAACUUCCGAGCGCGUUAAAAGAGAAGGGCAAUAACAAGGAUGUGGAGACGGGCGUUGCGAUUCGGGAUGGCGAAAGCGGAAAGGCUACGUGGUUGGGGAGAAUAGGGGCAAAGGGGAAGACGCGGCGACGGGAAAGCGAGGUUGACGAAACGCGAAUGUAUGGUAACGGAUGGUUCGCCGAGCUGGCGGUGCUGACGAGACGGAACGCCCUGAUCACCUUUCGCACGCCCGCGCUGUACCUGCUGCGGCUGGGGCUGAUUGCUAUAACGGGGAUAAUGUUGGCGACGAUCUUCUUCCAACCAGAUGACAGCAUGAAGGGCUUCCAGGAGCGGCUCGCCUUUUUCUCCUUUGCCAUCUGCGUGCUCUUCUUCGUCUCCUGUGAUGCCGUUCCCAUCUUCAUCCAGGAGCGGAACAUCUUUCUGCGGGAGACCAGCAGCAGCGCCUACCGCCCGUCCACCUACCUCCUCUCCUCCACAUUCGUCUACCUUCCCCUCCACCUGCUCAUGGCGCUCACGCUUGUUCUCGAAGCCUGGUGGUGCCUGGGGCUGCAGGGGGGAGCUGAAGGCUUCUGCUUCAUGGUGCUCGCGUGCUUCGCCAUGCUGUUCACUGGGAAUGCCAUCGCCACGUGUGUCAGCAUCUGCAUCAACCAUGUAGUGCUGGCCUAUGCAGUGGCCAUUGCUCUCAUGGCAUACUUUGCUCUCCUCAGCGGGUUCUACAUCGACAGGGAGAGCAUCCCAGACGGCUGGGUCUGGCUGCACUACCUCUCGCCCAUGAAGUAUGCAUACGAGGCGCUCGCAAUCAACGAGUUUGGCAGGCCUGGAGGUCCCUGUUACUUGGAAGCUGGCACUAUGUUUGAUAAUACACCCGUGGCGCCGUAUCUAAACGCAACCAGAAUCAACAAGGCCAUGAUGGGGAUGCGGCAGGUGCUGGCUGGUACCCCUUAUAGCAAAAUCACUACAAGCACGUGUUUGCGGGACGGACCUCAACUGGUGACGACUACACUGGCAGUGAAUCAGCUCGACAUGUGGGAGAAUGUUGCGGUGCUUAUGGGUUUUGGAGUGUUCGUGCGGUUUGUUACGUUUCUGCUCUUGGUGCGGUUCAGUAAAGCCAAGCAGCAGUAA